AUGGACAAGGAACCAAGAUCAGGUCGACUUAAAAUCCCCAAGGAGACCAGAGCCGUUUCGCGGGAUGAUCCUAAUGUGGAACUCUUGGAUGGUGACUUUUCCGAUAGCGAUCCUCGCAAGAUGAGCCCCCGGCGGAACGAUAAAUCUACUGAACGCAUAGUCGAGGAAACAAAAAAAAGCCUGGGGGUUGAAAAGAACGAUGCUACACGGGUGUUGUCUGAGUUGAACAAAGUAUCAUCUAGAGGAAUACCCAGCCCAGCGGAAUACCCAGCCCAGCGGAACAGCCUAGCCCAGUGGAAUACCCAGCCCAGCGGAAUACCCAGCCCAGUGGAACAGCCCAGCCCAGCGGAAUACCCAGCCCAGCAGAACAGCCUAGCCCAGUGGAAUACCCAGCCCAGCGGAAUACCCAGCCCAGUGGAACAGCCUAGCCCAGCGGAAUACCCAGCCCAGUGGAACAACCCAGCCAAGUGGAACAGCCCAGCCCAGCGGAACAGCCUAGCCCAGCGGAAUACCCAGCCCAGUGGAACAGCCCAGCCCAGUGGAAUACCCAGCCCAGUGGAACAGCCCAGCAGAAGCUCGUUCGCCAAAAUGGAUAUCCCACGACAAUUUAACGUUGAGGAAGCGCUCCCGACAUCCCUGUCUCAAUCCUUAGGGGAAAAAAAGCGGCAUCCCUCUCCGAAGGAUGAUUGGAAGAGGCUCAUAGCCAAAGCGAUCGAUGAAGUAUCGGAUACUACACCUAUGAAAGUUACUCAAGAGAGCAGUGCUGCGAUCACUCCCAUAUACAUUCCACCCUCACCUGCUAUGGGAGGUAUUGUACAUCAUCGUCCGAUCCUGACUUUAGAUACAUCUGGAGCUUACGGAGAGUAUCAAGCUCGUGAGGACGCAACAGAAAUCGAAACCAGCCCAGAGCCUCACAUUGAAAACUUUCCGUCGCCAAAUACCCUUAGAAAGUACGGAGUUAGUCUAGAAAGGGUUCUGGAAAUCUGGGAUAGUGUUGCCUCAAAGUACAAGCUGGUACGCUUGGCAAAAAGAGAGACCAUCUUUCCUGUGAUAGUUAUGCGGAAACAUAUUGACCGAAUCUCUAAAGAAUCUACUAUCUACGUCGACAUGGAGUUAGGAAGUUUGGGGAUUGUAGGGGAGAGGUUGAAGAAUGUGAAGACUGCCAAGUUCAUGAAAACCAAGGCAUCAAUUAGUGAGAUGGUUUUAUUGCAUUUUUUACCGGAGCUCGAGUGCAAGCGAGAGGAAUGCAUCAUUGGCUAUGACCAUCUCUCUCUACUUAAAGAUUACCUCAACGAGACCUAUUCUUUCAUUGUCAAGCCAUUGAUACAGAAGGGAGAGAUCACAUAUGAUCUCCUUGAGGCGCUGUUCAAACCGGGAUGCUAUGUAUACUCAAGGUGUCCCAUCUCUCAACAACCUCGAUGCGUCGUUUUUGCCGCCGGCAAAAAGGCUAUAUGGGAAGGUACACCGUAUUUCAAACUUGAAUGCUACUUCCUUGACUAUGACGGCUAUGAGAUUAGGAAAGAAGGAUUGGAAAUAGGCAUCGCCAAGUUUAAUGGACGCAAACUGAUUACCACCCUCGAGGCAUUCCCACUCCAGUAUCAUCCCCAUCAGGAUCAUGCCGCCCGGAUACUCAUAAAGCGGGGUCGCAAGCUCAGCGAAUUGAUGCUAGGACACAGAGCCAACCCCCUGAUACGAUACUGCAGGGGAAACGCCUUCAGUAUGGUGAAUGGCAAAGUGCAGGCGGUGAAUAUCGACAGCUGUGUUGCAGUCGAUGCUCGUUUAUUUCGUGAAAUGGAACCGGACCGCCGUCCAAUUGUCGAUGGGGUAUCCUUGCAAAAUCCUGAGAUAUUAGACGGAAAAAAUGAAUACCUCAUACGUUGCCCGACCGUCUGUUGCUUCAGCUUUAAUGAUAAGAUGUUCCUGCAAUGUGCCGUGGACGGUUUAGAAGAUGUUCAGUGGGCCUUUAACCACUUCAAAGUUGCAAGAGACAAGAGACGGCGUCUUCUUUUAGAGACAAUAUCUCACCUGUGCGGCAAUGGUGGAGAAGCCGUUGAUUUUGUCCAUGAGACGGGUCAAGGCCUCAAUGCCAUCUUCUUCGGCGUGCCGGGAUUUAGCAAAACAUUCCUGGUUGAAGCAACACCUGGGCGACCUCUUUACUCGGUCUCGGCCAGUGAGUUAGUGACAGAUGGCGAUCCUUCGCAACUGGAUAGUACCCUCGAUCGCAUCUUUAGAGUUAUGAAACAACUCAACGCAGUCCUUCUUAUAACUCAAGCGGAUGCUCUUACGGAAAAACGCUCGUACCAGGAUGACUGCCUUGUAACCAUCUUCCUUCGGAAACUUGAAUACUACAAGGGGUCACUCUUCCUGGCAACCGACCGCGUAAUCGAAAUUGACCACGCUAUAAUGAGUCGAAUACAUUUGAAGAUUGAAUUUCCAGACCCUAAUCCAAAAAUGGCAGGCGGUCGGCUGAUUACAUAA